AAGAUGGCGCACAGCUGCCGGUGGCGCUUCCCCGCGCGGCCCGGGGCCACCGGGGGCGGCGGCGGCGGGGGGCGGCGGAGCCUGGGGGGCGCCCCGCGCCAACGCGUCCCGGCCCUGCUGCUGCCCGCCGCCCCCGGGACGGCCGCCGGGAUCGCCGCCGCCGCCGCCGCCGCCGCCGCCGGGCCGCCCUCCUCCUCCUCCUCCUCCUCCUCCCCCCCGGCGGCGGGAACCUCCACGGUGCCCGCCGCCCCCUCCUCGUCGUCCUCGUCGUCGUCGUCGUCCUCGUCGUCGUCGUCGUCGUCCUCGUCGUCGUCGUCGGGCCCCGGGCCGCUGCUGCGGGUGGGCCCCGGCUUCGACGCGGCGCUGCAGGUCUCGGCCGCCAUCGGCACCAACCUGCGGCGGUUCCGGGCCGUCUUCGGGGACAGCGGAGGGGGAGGCGGCAGCGGAGAGGAUGAGCAGUUCUUAGGUUUUGGCUCAGAUGAAGAAGUCAAAGUGCGAAGUCCCACAAGGUCCCCUUCAGCUAAAUCCAGUCCUCGGAAGCCCCGCGGGAGACCCAGGAGCAACUCCGACCGGAGCUCGGCCGCCCUCUCGGACGCUUCGUCCGUAUUCACCCCGCUGGGCAAACCAGAGACCAAACCUGGGGAGAAGAUCAAGAGGAAGGAAGCUAAAGGUGGGGAAAAGAGGCGGGGCAGGCCGCCGGCCCUCAGCACCGUGAAGUUUAAGCUCUCCCAAGGGAAGGACGCCGCCGAGGUAGCGAAAGGGAGCAGAGACGACAGCCUGAAGAAAAUGAAGCGCGCCCCUUCCGCCACGUUUCAGCACGCCGCAAAGAUCAAGAAGCUGCGAGCCGGGAAACUGUCCCCGCUCAAGUCAAAGUUCAAGAGCGGGAAGCUGCAGAUCGGCAGGAAGGGGGUGCAGAUGGUCCGGAGACGAGGAAGGCCCCCGUCUUCGGAGCGGCUGAAGGCCCCUUCCCCGCUUCUCAUUAGCUCUCAGCUGGAGAAGCCCCAGAGGGUCCGCAGGGAGAAAGACGGCACCCCGCCGCUCACCAAGGAGGAGAAGACGGCCGUCAGACAGAGCCCCCGCAGGCUGAAGCCCGUGAGGAUCAUCCCUUCCACCAAAAGGACAGACGCCACCAUCGCUAAGCAGCUCCUGCAGCGGGCCAAGAAGGGGGCUCAGAAGAAGAUCGAGAAAGAGGCGGCUCAGCUGCAGGGGCGGAAGGUGAAGACUCAAGUCAAAAACAUCCGGCAGUUCAUCAUGCCCGUGGUCAGUGCCAUCUCCUCGCGCAUCAUCAAGACCCCCCGGCGGUUCAUCGAGGACGAGGACUACGACCCGCCGAUUAAAAUCGCUCGCCUGGAGUCGACGCCGAACAGCCGGUUCAGCGCCCCGUCCUGCGGGUCCUCGGAGAAAUCGAGCGCGGCCUCGCAGCACUCCUCGCAGCUGUCCUCGGACUCCUCCCGCUCCAGCAGCCCCAGUGUGGACACGUCCACGGACUCUCAGGCCUCCGAGGAGCUGCAGGCCCUCUCGGAGGAGCGGAGCGAUACUCCGGAAGGUCGGGCCCCCCUGCCCGUACCCCCGUCCCCAGAAAACGACGGGGGCGGGGGCGGCGGGGGCGGGAGGAGCAGAAGGUUUUCCGUGACCGACAGGGGAUUCGGGCCCCGGGCGACCAAGAAGCUGGCGGGCUUGCAGGGCGCCCCGCCACAGGCGGCCUCCUCUGCCUCUCCCCCGCCCCCCCUGCUCACGCCACCCCCGCCGCUGCAGGCGGCCUCCGGCAUCGCGGACCACACGCCGUGGCUCAUGCCCCCAACGAUCCCACUGGCCUCCCCCUUCCUGGCCGCCUCCGCGGCCCCCAUGCAAGAGAAGCGGAAGUCCAUCUUGCGGGAGCCGACGUUCCGGUGGACCUCUCUGAAGCAUUCUCGGGCAGAGCCCCAGUACUUCUCCUCAGCCAAGUAUGCCAAAGAAGGGCUCAUCCGCAAGCCGAUCUUCGAUAACUUCCGGCCCCCGCCGCUGACCCCCGAGGAUGUGGGCUUCGCUUCCGGUUUCUCGGGCCCCGGCUCCAGCGCUCCGGCCCGUAUGUUUUCGGCCUUGCACUCCGGCACGAGGUUCGACGUGCACAAGCGGAGCCCGCUCCUGCGGGCCCCGAGGUUCACCCCGAGCGAGGCCCACUCCCGGAUCUUCGAAGUGGUCACGAUGCCCGGGAACCGGUCCUCCGCCGGCAGCUCCUCCGCCGGGGGGUCUUCGCGGAAGAGGAAGAGAAGGGUUUUCAGCCCCAUCAGGGCCGAACCCCGGUCCCCUUCGCACUCCAUGAGGACGAGGAGCGGGAGGCUCAGUACCUCCGAGCUGUCGCCCCUCACCCCGCCAUCCUCGGUCGCUUCCUCCUUGAGCAUCUCCGUCAGCCCCCUCGCCGCCAGUGCCUUAAACCCCACCUUCGCUUUUCCUUCCCAUUCCCUGGCCCAGUCCGGGGAGCCUGCCGAGAAGAGCCAGAAAGCGAGGAAGCAGGCGAGCGCCCCGGCAGAGCCGUUCUCGUCCGGCAGCCCGACCCCCCUGUUCCCCUGGUUCACGCAGAGCCCCCAGGCCGAACGAGGGCGGAACAGAGAGCGGCCCGCCGAGGAGCUGGCCAAAGAGCGGGACCCGGACAAGGGCGUGGAGAAGGACAAGGGCCGGGAGAAAGACCGGGAGCGGGAGAAGGAGAACAAGCGCGAGUCGAGGAAAGAGAAACGGAGGAAGGGAGCGGAAGUUCAGAGCGGCGCGGCUCUGUUUCCCCUCGGGAGGGGGUCCAGAGAGAAGGGGGUCGCGGAAGACCUCGCCGCGUCGUCUUCCGCCCGGAAGGCUGCCGGGCGGAAGAAGUCGUCCCCCCUCGAUCCCGGCGUGGAGCUGGCCCCCGGGGCCCUCGUGGAUCCGGUGGCCGUCAAAAGCAAAAUCCUCGUCAAGAAGGGGCGAGGCGGGCCGGACAGGGCCGGCCUGGACCUCGGCCCCGGCGCCCAGGCCCUGGAGAAGGACAGAGUCCUCUGCCUUCCCGUCCCUUCGUCGAGCACCGUUAAACACGCCACUUCUUCCAUCAGCUCCAUGUUGGCUCAGGCGGACAAACUUCCAAUGACUGACAAGAGAGUGGCCAGCCUCCUGAAAAAGGCCAAAGCCCAGCUCUACAAGAUCGAGAAGAGCAAGACGCUCAAGCAGGCCGACCAGCCCAAAGCACAGGGUCAAGAGAGCGAUUCGUCCGAGACUUCCGUGCGAGGGCCCCGGAUCAAGCACGUCUGCAGGAGGGCGGCCGUCGCCCUGGGCCGCAAGCGAGCGGUGUUUCCCGAUGACAUGCCCACCCUGAGUGCCUUACCGUGGGAAGAACGAGAAAAGAUUUUGUCUUCCAUGGGGAACGACGAUAAGUCUUCGAUCGCUGGCUCGGAAGACGCAGAACCUCUUGCUCCACCCAUCAAGCCAAUUAAGCCCGUCACCCGGAAUAAGGCCCCCCAAGAGCCGCCAGUGAAGAAAGGGCGGCGAUCGAGACGGUGUGGGCAGUGCCCGGGCUGCCAGGUGCCCGAGGACUGUGGCAUCUGCACAAACUGCCUGGACAAGCCCAAAUUUGGUGGCCGCAACAUCAAGAAACAGUGCUGCAAGAUGAGGAAAUGCCAGAACCUGCAGUGGAUGCCUUCCAAAGCCUACCUUCAGAAGCAAGCAAAAGCGGCAAAGAAGAAGGAGAAGAAGCCCAAGACCAGUGAAAAGAAAGAGAGCCACUCGGGGAAGACCAGCGUGGACUCUGGCCAGAAGCUGGCGCCUCCAGCGAGGGAGGACCAGGCCCCGAAAAAAAGCGCUGAGCCGCCUCCUCGGAAGCCCGGCCCCGAGGAGAAGAGCGAGGAUGGGGGCGCGCCUCCCGCCGGCCCCGAUUCCAAACAGCCGACCGCACCCGCUGCCAGGAAAGCUGGCAAACAGGUGGCCCCCCAGCCAGCGCAGGCCCCCCCGCCCCCGCCGCCUAGCACAGGACCCCUGAAAAAGGAAGCGCCCAAGACCGCUCCCAGUGAGCCCAAGAAGAAGCAACAGCAGCAGCAGCAGCAGCAACAGCCGUCACCGCCCCCGCCACCGCCGCCGUCACCUCCGCCGCCACCGCCACCUUCCCAGCCAGAUCCAGGACCGGAGCAGGGCAAGCAGAAAAAACCGGCUCCCCGCCCGAGUUUACCCGUGAAGCAGAAACCAAAAGAAAAGGAAAAACCACCUCCGAUCAGCAAGCAGGAGAGCAGUCUGCUGAACUCCCUCACCACCCUCUCCAACGGGAGCACUUCCAAGCAGAAGCCGCAGGCGGAUGGAGUCCACAGGAUCCGUGUCGACUUUAAAGAGGAUUGCGAAGCAGAGAGCGUGUGGGAAAUGGGAGGCUUGGGCAUUCUUACAUCGGUCCCUAUAACACCCAGGGUGGUCUGCUUUCUCUGUGCCAGCAGUGGGCAUGUGGAGUUUGUGUAUUGCCAAGUCUGUUGUGAGCCCUUCCACAAGUUUUGUUUAGAGGAGAGCGAGCGCCCUCUCGAGGACCAGCUGGAAAACUGGUGUUGUCGGCGUUGCAAGUUCUGUCACGUGUGCGGGAGGCAGCACCAGGCCACGAAGCAGCUGCUGGAGUGUAAUAAGUGCCGAAACAGCUAUCACCCUGAGUGCCUGGGACCAAACUACCCAACCAAACCCACCAAGAAAAAGAAAGUUUGGAUCUGCACCAAAUGUGUUCGCUGUAAGAGCUGUGGAUCCACAACUCCAGGCAAAGGGUGGGACGCGCAGUGGUCUCACGAUUUCUCACUGUGUCAUGAUUGUGCCAAACUUUUUGCUAAAGGAAACUUCUGUCCACUCUGUGAUAAGUGCUACGAUGACGACGAUUACGAGAGUAAGAUGAUGCAGUGUGGGAAAUGCGAUCGCUGGGUCCACUCCAAGUGUGAGAACCUUUCAGAUGAGAUGUACGAGAUCCUCUCCAACCUGCCAGAGAGUGUGGCCUACACCUGUGUGAACUGUACGGAGCGGCACCCAGCAGAGUGGAGGCUGGCCCUGGAAAAAGAGCUGCAGAUCUCCCUGAAUCAGGUCCUCACUGCCCUGCUCAACUCCAGGACGACCAGCCACUUGCUGCGUUACCGGCAGUCUACCAAGCCGCCUGACCUAAACCCCGAGACGGAGGAGAGCAUCCCAUCCAGGAGCUCCCCAGAAGGGCCCGAUCCACCCGUCCUGACCGAGGUCAGCAAACAGGAGGAACAGCAGCCCCUGGACCUGGAAGGAGUCAAGAGGAAAAUGGACCAAGGGAACUAUUCUUCUGUGUUGGAAUUCAGCGACGACAUUGUGAAGAUUAUUCAGGCGGCCAUUAAUUCAGAUGGAGGGCAGCCUGAAGUUAAAAAAGCCAACAGCAUGGUCAAGUCCUUCUUCAUUCGGCAAAUGGAACGUGUUUUUCCAUGGUUCAGUGUCAAGAAAUCCAGAUUUUGGGAGCCAAAUAAAGUAACGAGCAACAGCGGGAUGUUGCCGAAUGCAGUGCUGCCGCCUUCCCUCGACCACAACUACGCCCAGUGGCAGGAGCGAGAGGAGAACAGCCGCACCGAGCAGCCCCCGUUGAUGAAGAAGAUCAUUCCAGCUCCCAAACCCAAAGGUCCAGGAGAGCCAGACUCCCCGACUCCCCUACACCCGCCGACACCGCCCAGCAUCUCAAGGGCCGAAGUUGUUGACCGGAGUCGGGAGGACAGUCCUGAAUUGAAUCCACCACCGGGGGUAGAAGACAAUCGGCAGUGUGCAUUGUGUUUGGCCUAUGGGGACGACGGUGCCAACGAUGCCGGCCGGCUGCUUUACAUCGGCCAGAAUGAGUGGACCCACGUGAACUGCGCUCUGUGGUCGGCGGAAGUGUUUGAAGACGAUGACGGCUCCUUGAAGAAUGUGCACAUGGCUGUGAUCCGGGGCAAGCAGUUGAGGUGCGAGUUCUGCCAAAAGCCGGGGGCCACCGUGGGUUGCUGCCUCACGUCCUGCACCAGCAACUAUCACUUCAUGUGCUCUCGAGCUAAGAACUGUGUCUUUCUGGAUGACAAGAAAGUGUACUGCCAGCGACACCGGGACCUGAUCAAAGGCGAGGUGGUUCCUGAGAAUGGAUUUGAGGUUCUUCGACGAGUGUUUGUGGACUUUGAAGGGAUCAGCUUGAGGAGGAAAUUUCUCAGUGGCCUGGAACCGGAGAACAUUCACAUGAUGAUUGGGUCGAUGACGAUCGACUGCCUGGGAAUUCUGAACGACCUCUCUGACUGCGAAGACAAGCUGUUUCCCAUUGGUUAUCAGUGUUCCAGGGUGUACUGGAGCACCACAGAUGCCCGAAAGCGCUGCGUGUACACGUGCAAGAUCGUGGAAUGCCGCCCGCCCGUCGUAGAGCCGGAUAUCAACAGGACCGUCGAGCACGAUGACAACCGGACGAUCGCUCACAGCCCAGCCCCUCCCUCCGAAAUUUUGAAAGCGAGUCGGAGUGCAGCCGAACUUGGAAAGCCUCCGUCCCCAGACCGGCCCCCCCACGUCCAGACCUCCACCUCUUGUUGCUAUCACAUGAUCGCCAAGGGCCGCAGGAUCCGCUCUCCCAGUUAUUCCCCACCGCAGCGCUCCCCUGGCUCCCGGCCGCUGCCGUCUGCAGGGAGCCCUACCCCAACGGCCCACGAGAUUGUCACCGUGGGCGACCCGCUCCUCUCCUCCGGACUGAGAAGCAUCGGCUCCAGGCGUCACAGCACUUCCUCUCUGUCGCCCCAGCAAUCCAGACUCCGAAUGACGUCCCCCCUCAGAGCCGGGAACGCCUCCGCCCGACACGGCGUCUCCUCGGCGCCCGCCGACCACGAGCCGCAGGCUAAGACCGCCGACCGCUUCCAAGGGUCGCAGGCCCCGGGCGCCCCUGCGGGCCAAGGCGCCCCCGCCCCUCCGGGUGCACAGAGGGCAGCGGCCGCAGGCGGGCCGAAGGGGAGCCACUCGGAUGGGCCUCCGGCGGGAGAAUCGAAGCCCGGCGGCGCGGCCGAGUUGCCGGGCAAGGGCUUCUCCUCCAAAGGCGACAGAGCCAGGGUUCUCGGUUCCAAGGGCCCCGAGGGAUCGGCCUACCCGGGGAACGGGAGAGCGCCGGCCGCCCACGGCUCGGCCGACGCCGGCGGCAAACCGAGCCCCUUCGCCGAGUCCUCUUCGAGGCCGUUUCCUUCCAAAGAGGCCCUCUCUUUCCCCCCUCUCCACCCGAGGGGGCCGAGGAAAGAGCGGGAGCCACCCGCCGACCACGCCCAGCCGGAACACGCCUCCCCUCCUCUCCCUCCCCCGCCGCCCCCUCCCCCUCCGGCCCCUCCCCCUCCUCCUCCCGGAGAGGACCCGGAGGCCGGAACUCCGAAACCCUCCGGGGCCAACGGCAGAGCGCCCGGCUUGAGCGAGGGCCCGCUGGUGGGGACCAGGGACAGGAGGCAGAAAGGGAGGAAGUCCUCUAAGGAGGCUUUCCGCGAGAAACACCCCACGAAGGCCUUCCCGGACCCUGCCCCGUCGCUCGGCAGCCAGGAAGGAAACCCCAAGUUGGAGUUUGUGGGUCAGGUCCCGAUGCCCGAGCACCUGGGCCCGAGGCUGUGUAAUAACUUUUCCGGUGAGAAGAGCGGCGACAGGGCCCGCCCCCCCCCGGGGGGUCCCAAGGGUCCGCCCGGGCAAGGGGAGGGCCCCGUCAAGGAGUCGCCGGCCCCGCGGAAGCGCACCGUCAAAGUGACCCUCACCCCGCUUAAGAUGGAAGGCGAGAGCCCCACCCGAAACCCGCCGAAGGACGGCAGCCUGGAGACCCCGCCCCCGGGGACCGAGGCGGCCGGGCUGUCCGAGCCGUCGUCGUCCUCGCCGCCGCCUGCCUCGUCGUCCGAGAGCCCCGGGGACGGCCCCGCCGGGCGGCCCGGCCCCCACGACCCCUCGUCCCGGGAGCCCCAGCGGGCUGCCUACCAGGGUCUCCCCGCCCCAGAGCGGAGCCUGCUGCUCUCCGACGGUCCCAAGCCUCAGGACGACGGGGCCUACAAGCGGCGGUACCCCCGCCGCAGCGCCCGAGCCCGCUCCAACAUGUUCUUCGGGCUCACCCCGCUGUACGGCGUCCGGUCGUACGGCGAGGAGGACCUCCCCUUCUACAGCAACUCGUCGGGGAAGAAGCGGGGCAAGAGGGCGGCCGAAGGGCAGGUGGAUGGGGCCGACGACCUGAGCACCUCGGACGAAGACGACCUGUAUUACUACAACUUCACCCGGACGGUCAUCGCCUCCGGCGGAGAGGAGCGGUUGGGGUCCCGUGGCCUGUUCCGGGAGGAGGAGCAGUGCGGCCUCCCCAAGAUCUCUCAGCUGGACGGGGUGGACGACGGGACGGAGAGCGACACCAGCGUCUCGGCCACGGCCCGGAAGGUCCACCCUGUCCCCAAGAGCAACAGCAAAGAGAACGGGACGGACGGCCUAAAGGCGGACCGCCCGGAAGAAGCCGGGGAGAAGGAGCAGGCGGCCAAGGGCGGCGCGGGGCCCAAGGGUGGCGGCGACCCGAAGCUUGACAACUGCCACCCAGGGAGCCGGGGGAAGGCGCCGGGCCAGGACCCGCUGGAGGCCCAGCUCAGCUCGCUGGAGUCCGGCCGCAGGGUCCACGCCGGCCCGCCCUCCGCCGACAAGACGCUGCUGGACACGUACAACACCGAGCUCCUCAAGUCCGACUCGGACAACAACAACAGCGACGACUGCGGGAACAUCCUGCCCUCGGACAUCAUGGACUUCGUCCUGAAGAACACCCCCUCCAUGCAGGCGCUGGGCGAGAGCCCCGAGUCCUCGUCGUCGGAGCUGCUGACCCUCGGGGAAGGGCUGGGCCUGGACGGCAACCGCGCCAAGGACAUGGGGCUCUUCGAGGUGUUCUCCCAGCAGCUGCCCACGGCCGAGCCGGUGGACAGCAGCGUGUCCUCCUCCAUCUCGGCCGAGGAGCAGUACGAGCUGCCGCUGGAGCUGCCCUCCGACCUGUCGGUCCUCACCACGCGCAGCCCCACGGUCCCCGGACAGAACGCCGCCCCCCGGCUGGCCGGCAUCCCCGAGUCGGCGGAGAAGAGGGGGGCCGGGCCGGACAAGGCGGCGGCGGCGGCCUCGGCCGACGGGGACCCGGCCCUCCUGAGCCCCGGCGGGGAGCCGGCGGCCGAGGGCCACGGGACCCCCGACCGCUUCCUGCCGGGCCACCUGGAGGCGGAUCACAUCGCCAGCCCCCCUCCCUGCGGCCCCGGGGAGCCCGGGCGCGGCGGCCCGGAGCUGGCCGGGAACGGCGGGCCGCCCGGCCUCCAGGUGCCCGUCUCGCCCACGGUGCCGCUGCAGAACCCCAAGUACGGCCCCGGCCCCGCCAACAGCCCCGGGCCCUCGCAGAUCUCCAACGCGGCCGUCCAGACCACCCCGCCCCACCUGAAACCGGCCGCCGAGAAGCUCCUCGUGGUCAACCAGAACCUGCAGCCUCUGUACGUCCUCCAGACCCUCCCCAACGGCGUGACCCAGAAGAUCCAGCUGACCCCGCCGGUGGGCUCGGCCCCCAUGGAGGCCAGCGCCUCCGUGCUGGGCCCCCUGGGCGGCGGGGGCGGCGGGGGAGGGGGCGGCGGCGGGCUGGCCCUGGCCCCGAGCCUGAAUCCGGGCCUGCCGACGGCUCAGCCCCUCUUCCCCCGGGCCGGCAAAGAGCUGCUCCCCAUGGCCCACCACCAGCACCUGCACGGCUUCCCGGCGGCCUCCCAGGGCAGCUUCGCUCCUAACAUGGGCAGCCCCCCCUCGGGCCUGCUGGUCGGGGUCCAGCCGGCCCCGGACCCGCAGCUCCUGGUCUCGGAGGCCAGCGUCCCCGCCGCCGCCGCCCCGCCCUCGGGGCUCAGGAAGCGGCCCAUCUCCCGCCUGCAGUCCCGCAGGAGCAAGAAGCUGGCUCCUUCCGGCGGCCCGCCCCCUUCCGCCCUGGCCCCGCCCGACCUGGUCUCCAACAUGACGCUCAUCAACUUCGCCCCCUCCCAGCUGUCCGGCCACACGGGCCUGCUGGACUUGGGGUCGCUCGGCAGCGGCUCGGCCCACCGGACCGUCCCGAACAUCAUCAAGCGGUCCAAGGCCGGGGUCAUGUAUUUCGAGCCGUCGCCCCUGCUGCCCCCCGGCGUGAGCGGGGGGCCGGCCGCGACGGUCGGGCCCGGCCCCGUGGGCCCGGACUCCGGCCGCCUCCCGGGGGGGCCGGCCGCGGGUUCGUCGGUCCUGAACGUCGUGUCCAUGCCGGGCGCCCCGGCUCCCGCCGCGGGAGGGUCGGUCGCCGGCCACGGCUUGGGGCAGCAGGGCUCGGUGGCCCUGACCGGCCCCAGGCUGCUCGGGGCCCCGGACGUCGGCUCCAUCGGCGACCUCUUGAUCAAAGCCGGCCAGCAGAGCCUGGGCCUUCAGGAGCAGCCUCUGCCGCCGCCGCCGCCGCCGCAGCAGCAGCAGCAGCACAUGGCCCUCCCCCCUGGCUCCGGCGUGUUCCCCCAGAUGGGAGCGUCCCAGACCCCGUCCGCCGCAGCCGUGACCACCGCCUCCGGCGUCUGCGCGCUGCCCUCGGCCCAGACCCUGGGCGCGACGGUCCCGCCGUCGGCCGGGGACCGGGAAGGGCCCUACGGGCUCCAGCACGUGACCCAGCUCCUGGGGGGCAAAGCCGGGUUGUCGUCUUCCCAGCCGGACCAGGCCUCGGCCGCCGGAACCCAGCCGUCCGGCUAUCCCCAGCUCGUGGAUGGGCCCGGCGGCGCCGAGCCCGAGCAGAGCAAAGCGGCAGCGUCGGCCGGGCCCGCCGGCUCGGCCUCGCCCGGUGGGUCCCCGUCUCCCGGGCGGCCGGCGCCCCCGGGCCCCGCCAGGCCGAAGACGAAGGCCAAGCGGAUCCCGCCCCCGUUGGACCAGGGCAGUGGCAAGAAGCACAAGGCCUCCCACGGGUGUUGGGCCGGUUCCCCCGAAGCUCCUGCUCCAGAUGCUGACACGUCAUCCCCGGACGUGGGGCAAGCAACGGCUCUCCCUGAGUCUCGGACAGCGUCGAGUCCCCCAAACGAGCGAGGGAGUGCAGAGCCGAAAGCCGCCGAGGAAGAGGAGAACACCUUCAGCUCCCCGCUGAUGUUCUGGCUCCAGCAGGAACAGAGGCGGAAGGAGAGCGUCGGCGAAAAGAAGCCCAAGAAAGGGCUGGUCUUCGAGAUUUCGAGUGAUGACGGUUUCCAGAUCUGUGCUGAAAGCAUCGAGGAUGCCUGGAAGUCCCUGACCGACAAAGUUCAGGAGGCACGAUCCAACGCCCGUCUGAAGCAGCUCUCAUUCGCAGGUGUGAGCGGCCUGCGGAUGCUGGGGAUCCUCCACGACGCGGUGGUGUUCCUCAUCGAGCAGCUGUCCGGCGCCAAACACUGUCGCAACUACAAGUUCCGCUUCCACAAGCCGGAGGAGGCCAACGAGCCCCCGCUGAACCCUCACGGCUCGGCUCGGGCCGAGGUCCACCUGAGGAAGUCGGCAUUUGACAUGUUCAACUUCUUGGCUUCGAAACACCGCCAGCCCCCCGAGUACAACCCCAACGAUGAGGAAGAGGAGGAGGUACAGCUGAAGUCGGCUCGGAGGGCCACCAGCAUGGAUCUGCCCAUGCCCAUGCGGUUCCGACAUCUGAAGAAGACUUCCAAGGAGGCCGUCGGGGUCUACAGGUCUGCCAUCCACGGCCGGGGGCUGUUCUGCAAGAGGAACAUCGACGCGGGGGAGAUGGUCAUCGAGUAUUCCGGGAACGUCAUCCGCUCCAUCCUGACGGACAAGCGGGAGAAGUAUUACGACGGCAAGGGCAUAGGCUGUUACAUGUUCCGCAUCGACGACUCGGAAGUGGUGGACGCCACCGUGCACGGCAACGCGGCCCGCUUCAUCAACCACUCGUGCGAGCCCAACUGCUACUCGCGGGUCAUCCACAUCGACGGGCAGAAGCACAUCGUCAUCUUCGCCAUGCGCAAGAUCUACCGCGGCGAGGAGCUCACGUACGACUACAAGUUCCCCAUCGAGGACGCCAGCAACAAGCUGCCCUGUAACUGCGGUGCCAAGAAGUGUCGGAAGUUCCUCAACUAGCCCGCCGCUCCCCAGCCUCCCCCCCACCCCCCGCCUCCGUGGGGGCCGGGAGGGGUCCAAGAGCCGGCAGAGCUAUGGGGCCUGCCGCUGAGAAGCCCGCUGCCGGCGGGGUCCUCCUUCCGACCCCCGUCCGGGCGGCACCCCCCUGCACGGCCCCUGCCGAGAGAGGGAUGGCGAUUCAGAAAAGAUCCCCCGGGUGUUCACCCCCUGGCCCGGCCAACGCCGAAGCGGGGUGGGUGGGCGGCGCCCUUGGGGGGAGGUGGCACUCUGCCGGCCCGUUUGUCCCGCGCUGUUGCUGUAGCAGGCGGAAGAGCCAUCCAGAAUGAGCAGAGACCCUCCAGCGCCAGGUUCUCCCUCCC